AAGAGAAAUAGAAUAAUGCAUCUGCUUGAGCCCGAAAACAAUAUCAAAAUAUUUUUAUUUUCUAUUUUAAUGGCCAUGAUGAGCUUGCAAACAGCACCAUCUCAUGUGUUGUGGAUUAAAUCCUUCCCAAGUUGGUGUCCAUUGAUAAGAUCCCAUAAAGCAUCAAAGCUCUCAGCACAAUCUAAAAACAAGAAUGCCACUCCUCACAGAUUCGGAGGAACGAACUAUCAGUAUCAUCACCCUGUUAAAUUUCGCAGAGAAAAAACGAGAACCAGAGCGACCCUUGAUGACACUGAAAUAGGACAACUUUCCUCAACCCCACUUCUUGUUGAGGACGACAAACCCAGCAAGGAAGUAGAGGAAAGUGUAAAAGUGCUAAAAGAUGCAGCUAAGACGAGAAAGGUAGCAGCAGAGAAGGUUCUGUCUGCACUUUCUAUCAUUGAGAAAGCGAAAAUUGAUCCUUCUGGCUUUCUUGAAACCCUGGGAGGCAAUGAAUCCCCUGGGAGGACAUGAAUGCUAAUUUUCACCGCUGAGGUGAACAUAUUUGUAUUACUUUUUUGUUUGCUCGUUCUUUGGCUAGUAGUUUGAUCAUGGCCUUGACAUUUGUUUUCAGUCUAUGGAGUAUGUAGUGAUAAAAUUAUGAUUCUUCCUCAGCUUAAUUUGCUCUGUGCUGCAUUAUUAUGAUUAUUGUUAUUGCUUUGCUCUCACAAAUAUAUUAAUGUUUUUGACGGCUCUGAUAUGUCAAUUCAAGUGAUUCUAGGGUUAUUAUAGUGUCACAAUCAUUCACACUAGAUUGCAGCAUAGCCAUCACGACUUCAUACACAGUUAUGAAUUAUGAUGGGAGCAAGUAAGCUAAAUCUUGGAGACAAACCCAGAGCAAUGAAGCUAGUAGACUAUUCCGUUCAAAAACUAUAUCUUGCGCAGCUUUGGAUGGCUAUUGAAAAAUUCGACAAAAUCAAUCUCUGGAAAGGGUUGCAGAGCUUCAAAGUCCCCUGUGAAUUCAACCUUCAUAAAAAGAUGCUUCACCUCACUUGCCAAUUUCAGCAUUUUACAUAUUGCAUCACAGCUCCACUGGACUCCUCGCAUCGACAGGAACUCCAGAACAUUGAGGUUUCCGAAAUCUAUCAUGUAUACCCUCCCUGGAAACAAUUAACAUGAGUUGAAAGAAAUAUAAGAACAAGAAAACACAGCAGGUAAGAAAAAACUAUAUGUACAAGAAUCACUUAAUAUGGAAAAUUACCCGAACUGUUGGAAAUUGAAAGCUUCUUCAAAUGCCCGGUUU